AUGAAGUUUAUAAACAAUGUUUCCCUCACAGCCUCGUUGCUAUCUUUGAUACCCUUCAUUUCAGCUGCUGCUACUCCAGACAACAUAUCUUCCCCACAAGGUAGUUUCAAGAUAGGCUUCAAUGUCAGAAGAGGGUCAUCCAAAGAGAAUUUAUCCCCCGCUGAUGAUCAAAAACCAAGAUUUGUUAAACGUGCCGAUGGGGAUGGAUCAUUCAAUUUAGAAUUGAUCAAUGAGCAAACUUUUUAUUUAGCUGAAUUGCAUAUUGGAUCAAACAAGGACAAGAACCAAGUACUUGUUGAUACUGGAAGUUCAGAUCUUUGGGUUAUGUCCCAUGAUCUUAAGUGUGUUAGUGCGAGUAGCAGCUCGUCCUCGGGAUCUAGUUCGAAAAAGAAGAAAAGAGAUCCCAAAAAUGUAUUUGGAUAUGGCACUGGUACUGGAGUGAAGUUCCCAUUUGAAGAAGACCAAGAGGAACCCAAACAAUCAAGAGAAGACCAUGUUGAAGAAGAACAGAAAAGAGAAACUCCAUCAAAAUCAGAAAAUGUUGGCGAAGAUGCCAAUAAACGUGCUGAUAGUUACUAUACUACAAUCUAUCUUUCUGAAUUACCAGACGGAACUAACUUUCCAGCACCAGGCGGUGGUGGUAUAGGCUCAGGUUCAAGUUCUUCUGGUGGAUCUGGCUCUGGUUCAAACACUUGUACAUCAUAUGGUUCAUUCAAUACUGGAAACUCGGACACUUUUAAACGUAAUGACACUGACUCAUUUCAAAUUCAAUAUGCUGAUGGAACUUAUGCUAAAGGUAUUUGGGGUUACGAUACUGUCAGAAUGGGUAAUAUCUCAGUACCUGAUUUAAGCUUUGCCAUUGCUAAUGAGACUUCUAGUGAUAUUGGUGUAUUGGGUAUUGGAUUGCCUGGAUUGGAGACGACCACUUCGUAUGGAUACAUGUAUGAAAAUUUACCAAUCAAGAUGAAAUCAGAUGGAAUUAUUAAACGGGUUUUGUUUUCAUUAUACUUGGACCAAGCUGAUGCUGAUAGCGGAUCUCUUUUAUUUGGUGCUAUUGAUCAUGCUAAAUAUGAAGGUUCUUUGGAAACUAUCCCCAUGUUGAAAACUUAUAGACAAAUUGAUUAUCCUGUUAGAUUUGAAGUUGAAGUUAGUAACAUUACAUUAAACAACAACCAGGGGGUUACAGCAAACGUAAUGACUGAUUCGGUUGGUGCUGUAUUAGACUCUGGUUCAACAUUGUCUUACUUGUACUCGGAACAAAUUCAAGCUGUUGGUGAAGCACUCCAAGGUAGAUACUCAAGUAGUGCCGGUGCAUACAUUGUUGAUUGUCGAUUCUUGGAAACUAAUUCAACUUUGGAUAUUCAAUUUAGUGGAAAGACAAUUAAAGUCCCAGUAUCGGAUUUAGUUUUACAAGCAAGUAGAUCAACUUGUUAUUUGGGUCUUUUUGAGCAAUCAUCAAGUUCUUCAUAUAUCUUAUUUGGAGACAAUGUGUUACGAAGUGCUUAUAUAGUUUACGAUUUGGAGGAAUAUGAGGUACACAUUGGUCAAGUUUAUUACACUGAUGAUGAAGAUAUUGAAGUUGUUGAUGGAAGUGUGACUACUGGAGGAGGACAAAAUUCAACGAGAGUCGGUGGAGGUAGUGGGUCUAGCUCAUCAUCGUCAUCAAGUAACAAGAAUGGCGCAUUGUCGGCGUUUAACUUGUCAUGGUCUUUUGUACUUGUUGGAUUAUUGGUUUCUAUGGGUAGUACGUUAUAG